AUGGUCAAAGUCCUUAUCUUCCUGAGCGCGUUGGCCACUGCCGCUACGUCUGACUCCGUCACGGAACUCUCCGAGUCUGUGGCCAAGCUCAACGGCAUCCCUGCCUUUGUCGACAUCAAGACCAGAGUCGACGACAAUGAUCCGACUAAGAACGCCCUCUUCGGCUUGCGACGCCCCCUGUCGGUGUUUCCAACAAGCAAGCAAGUGAUCUACAGCAUUAUGCACGACACCCCCACAUAG